AUGCCCCGAUCCAAGUUCGAGAAGGGAAUAUUGCGAGAUUCUGGUCUGGGAUUCUUGGAGCGCGAGAGUGUUUCCUCGACGGACGGCGAUCGAGCAUUCGAGCCUUUUGAGGAAGUGUCCGACUGCUCGACAGUGGACUCAGACGACACUCUGCCCACUGGAUUCGCCGAGGACACUGAAAGCAUCGAUCUAACACCCAAUGACGAGGAGGAUGAUCUUGAUGACACCGAUGCAAUUGAUUUUCUGAGGUCCACCGAAGACGGCGGUAACUUUCCUUUCGGGGAGGUUGAAGAUGUGUCUGAGCCCGAGGAUCUUUUCGACGAGGUUUCUGAUAGAUCAGAAUCCGACUAUCCCGUCAACAACGUCGACAGCAAGGAAAUAAUUACCGGAUCAGAAACGGAUUUCAAAAGUGACGAGACGAGCAAAAUCACAGCCUCGGAAGCGGUGCCGAAAACAAUCGAGGAAACAUUUUUGCAAACAGGUGCUGAGGCAGCAAAGGAAACAAUCGCAGAAGCGGCAUCGAAACAAGUUGCAGAAGCAAUAUCGGAAACAGCUGCAGAAGCAGUAUCAGAAACAGUCUCGGAGAAGGUUGCGGAAAGGGUCACAGAAUCAACUCCAGACGCGACUUUGAAGAAGAAUUCGGAACGAUUCCCUCAGAUCGACGGUGAUGUAGCCCAUGCGGGUCAAAUGCAGGCCCAAGAGAUCCUAUCAGAUGGCCUGCUCCCGGAUCCAACACCGGUAGUGGAUAAGAUGACUACAGCAGACGACAAGAUCGAGCGGAAUGAAUUAUCGAAAAAUAAUAGUUUAUUAAACACUUCAACGGACGAAUCUUAUAAAGAAAUUUCAAACUUCAAGGACGAUCACCCGGUUCCAAACUACAUUAUUAUAUCUAACACUGGUACCAAACCCAACAACGAUGGUACGAAGCACGUUAGCUUCUCUGAGUCUGCCCAAAUUUCAGCUACAACUAGGUCAGACAAGGCCUCGCGACGAGACGGGCAUCGCACUUCUCUACCAUUGAAGGAGCCUGAAGUCGGCAGCAAAAGACCUAAGACGGACAAACCACAGUCCAAGAAGAAAGUCGCUAUCGAAGCUCCGACUAAUACUGGAUCUAAGAGCACCCCUAAGACGUUCAAGAAACCAGCUGCCCCAUCUUCAAAGAAAGAGGAGACCACGAGGAAGAGGCGAGCCCGCCCAGAAAAGAGAGAGCUUCCCUCAAUCAACGUUGAGAAGCUCAUGGACACGUACCAAUUGGAGGCAUCCAGUACGGCCACAUCAGAAAUUGGGGAAGAAGCAAAGUCACGCAUAGUACAGUUCUUCCUUUUGAUGCCAAGCAUAACAACGGUUCAGAACUUCUUGACUGAACGUUGCCGUGAGGGCAAGACAGCCGCCGUGCGUGUCAUGUUGGAGAACAUUCCAUCCCACAAAAAGACGAGGAGCUUCUUCCGCCGGCCCGUCUGGGCGUGCAUCAAGGGCGGCAGCUCGAGGCAUAACAAGUGCCUAAGGGCCUUGAUCGAGGCGGGCGCCAAGAUCAAUUAUCGCAACAGGAAGACUGGCAAAACAACGAUCCAGGUUGCCGUGGAGCACGAAUACUUCAAGGGUUAUACAAACCUAAUAUGGCUGCUUAUGAGCAGCAAAGAGGCAGAGCCAAAUGUCAAAGAUUCGACUGGGGAUUGCGCAAUGACGCAGCUCUUCUCCGGAGCCGAGAUGGCGCAGACAGGAGGUCCACGAAACUCAGCGCCUACCCCACUCAGCAAGUAUAGACUUGCGGCCAUGGCUAUUCUGCUGCAGCAUGAAACAGAUGUCAACUCCACGCAGCCAGGAACCGGAAAUUCACCACUUCAUCUUGCGGUCCGACGACAGGAUGAACUAGCAGUUGCUAUGCUAUUGUACAAGAAAGCGAAGGUCAAUGCUACCACUAAAUGGGGUAUCAGCCCUCUGAACAUCACGGCCAAUCAGUUUCGAGGCAGUCUCAACAGCAAUCAUGCCCAGAUACUCGACCUCUUGCUUCGUGAAGGGGCCGCAGUUAAUGAACCUUCGGGCUCAGACAAAAGAACAGCGCUUCAUAGAGCGGUGGCAUCAGGCACAGCGCAGGCCGUAGAAAUCUUGCUUCGGUAUCACGCAGAUCCAGACAUCAAAGACGGAUCAGGCAAGAGCGCAAGAGAUUUGGCAGUGGAACACGCGGCAAGUUUAACGCAAGAUGUCAACAAGACCUACGAUACACGGAUCGAUGAUCAUAUGGAGAUUAUGGAACGGCUUUUUGAUGGCUGCAAGCCGGAGUGGCCAAUGAACAAGGGGAAAUGUCCCGUGGACAUGGCGUGCAGGGGAGAAGGUGUUGAUGGAGUUGCGUUCUUCAAAGAGUUGUUCUCCAUGGGUCUCCAACCAGAUGCCAAGUUUGGCGAUACAGGGAGCAUUGCCGACAUUAUUGAGAAACAUGGCAGUUCAACACUCAAGAAGCUCUUCGUCAAGCAGGCUGGCGGAACCAAGGGGAAGGUAUAG